AUGGACAAAGCGGACCCCGCUCGACACGGGGGGCUCAUUAAGCUGACGCGCUCCGCUGUCCUCACUUCCGCAUGUUGCGGCGCGCGUUUGCGCCGCGUCGCGUUACACAGUACCAGCCGCGUCGCGCCUAACCGACGGGAGCCCCGCUCGCGAAUGCGACCGCCGAAAACUCCUCGCGCCGUCCGAAUGCAGAAAAUUCGGACGCGCCGAGUGGGGGACGCUCUACGACUAUCCGAAACUUGCGCGUACGUGCAGCGCUCCACUGUGAAAAAGUCCAAGGUUAGCGCGCGCUGCCAAAAAAAGACGCACGCAGAAUGGAGGAGAAAAAACGACGACGGGUAUAGGUGCCCCUGCCCCCCCCCCCCCCCCCCCCCUCUCGACGAUGCAUGCGCUACGCUCUGCACACGCCCUGCGGAGUACCAACGCGGCAGGGGCGUGCUGACGUGGCCCGCUACGCAGCGCCGGACACGCGGUAUCGAGGAAGUAGGCCCCGAAGAACUGUCAACGCUCGUGCGGAAAUCGGGCGGCGGCGCGGCGGCCGCCGUGCGCAAGCGCGGGCCGCCCGUCAACAGCCCUGCAGCCAGCCCGGGCCCCCACCCGCCCCCGGGCUACCCUUUAAAUCGAACGUCAUAUCGCCGGCCCCCUCGCCACCCCGUAGCCCUG